GAGUGCGGGCGGGGGUCGCUGCAAGAUGGCGGGCGUGCGGGCCGUGCGCAUCAGCAUCGAGUCGGCGUGCGAGAAGCAGGUGCAGGAGGUGGGGCUGGAUGGCAGCGAGACCUACCUCCAGCCGCUCUCCAUGUCCCAGAACCUGGCGCGCCUGGCGCAGCGCAUCGACUUCAGCCAGGGCUCCGGCUCCGAGGAGGACGAGCCGGGCGAGACGGAGGAUGAGGAAGGAUUGGUAAAGUUUCAGCCAUCCCUCUGGCCUUGGGAUUCAGUGAGGAACAACUUAAGAAGUGCUUUGACUGAGAUGUGUGUGUUGUACGACGUUCUUAGCAUUGUGAAAGAUAAAAAGUUCAUGACUCUAGAUCCAGUUGGGCAAGAUCCCCUUCCUCCAAAACAAAAUCCUCAGUUUCUACAGCUGAUUUCAAAAAAGAAGUCAUUAGCUGGAGCAGCUCAGAUCCUGUUGAAAGGUGCAGAAAGAUUAUCCAAAUCAGUUGCUGAAAAUCAGGAAAAUAAGCGACAAAGAGACUUCAACUCUGAACUGCUAAGACUGAGACAACACUGGAAGCUGAGAAAAGUGGGAGAUAAAAUUCUUGGUGAUCUGAGCUACAGAAGUGCAGGCUCCCUUUUUCUUCAUCAUGGCACAUUUGAGGUGAUAAAGAACACUGACAUUGACCUGGAUAAAAAGAUACCUGAGGAUUACUGUCCUUUGGAUGUUCAAAUUCCAAGUGAUUUAGAGGGAUCAGCAUACAUCAAGGUUUCUAUUCAAAAACAAGCACCAGACAUUGGUGACCUCGGGACAGUCAAUCUCUUUAAAAGACCCUUGCCAAAAUCAAAACCAGGUUCUGCACAUUGGCAGACAAAGUUGGAGACUGCACAGAAUGUUCUUCUAUGUAAAGAAAUUUUUGCCCAGCUGUCACGAGAAGCUGUUCAAAUUAAAUCACAGAUUCCUCACAUUGUAGUGAAAAAUCAGAUAAUCUCCCAGCCUUUCCCAGGUUUGCAGUUGUCUAUUUCUCUGUGUCACUCUUCCAAUGAUAAAAAGUCACAAAAGGCUGCUUCUGAAAAACAGAAUCCAGAGGAUCAUCUCUAUGUUUUGGAACAUAAUUUGCAUCAACUUAUCAGAGAGUGUCACAAGCAAACCUUGAGCUCGACAGUGAUGCCACAUCCAGCUAGUGCACCUUUUGGCCAUAAGAGAAUGAGACUUGCAGGGCCCCAGGCUUUUGAUAAAAAUGAAAUCAGUUCUUUACAGUCGAAUGAAGGCCUUCUGGAAAAGAUCAUAAAACAAGCAAAGCAUAUCUUUUUGAGACGAAGAACUGCUCGAACCAUUGACAGUCUGGCGAGUCGUAUUGAGGAUCCUCAGAUUCAAGCUCACUGGUCCAAUAUCAAUGAUGUUUAUGAAUCCAGUGUUAAAGUUCUAAUAACUUCUCAAGGAUAUGAGCAGAUAUGCAAAUCCAUUCAACUGCAGCUGAACAUUGGAGUUGAACAAAUCAGAGUUGUGCAUAGAGAUGGAAGAGUUAUUACAUUGUCCCAUCAAGAGCAAGAACUGCAGGAUUUCCUUUUAUCCCAGAUGUCACAGCACCAAGUACAUGCAGUUCAGCAGCUUGCAAAAGUUAUGGGAUGGCAUGUGCUGAGUUUCAGUAAUCAUGUUGGUCUGGGGCCGGUGGAGAGCAUUGGCAACGCAUCAGCAAUAACUGUAGCAUCACCAAACGGAGACUAUGCCAUUUCAGUACGUAACGGUCCAGAAAGCGGCAGCAAAGUCAUGGUUCAGUUUCCACGGAGUCAGUGCAAGGAUCUCCCCAAGGGCGAUGUCCUUCAGGACAGCAAGUGGAAUCAUCUCCGGGGGCCAUUCAAGGAAGUGCAGUGGAAUAAAAUGGAAGGGCGUAACUUUGUGUAUAAAAUGGAACUCCUCAUGGCUGCCCUAACUCCUUGCUAGUGAAGCGUCAGCCUCUCUCUCAGGGCUUAGAAGCGUCUCUGUGCAAUGAUAACUGCUAAUGCAGCAAAGGGAAAUGGGAGCUAUGGGCCAGUACAAGAAAGCAAAAUCAAAUUUAUUUCCUAUACAGAAAUAGCCAUUAUGGUAUUUGUAAUAAAACCUUUUUCAGUGGCAUAUAAAAUACUUACGAUUUUUUGUAAAAGUUCCUUUCACCUUUAUCUUUGAAAACUGCUGUGUCCAGAGGGACAUAGAUGAGUAAUUAAUGUAUUUUUUGUUUAUAAGAUUAAAUUUGGUAGUCCUUGAGUUGAAGCAUUCUUGAGUUGGAAUUUGUUUGUACAUUGAUGAUGAUUCUGGGUGACACCUUUAUUUUUGAGAAAUAUGUUUACUUGGUAGUUGAACUUGAGAGUGUUACUAAGUCAUUGCCUGUGGCAAAAGUCUUUCCUCUCUGAUGGCCUGUGUGAUGUCAGCUACUUUGCUUGUUUUUUGACCUCUUUUUUUCCAAGAAUAUAGAGAAAAGGGUCUUACUUGGCUUGCAAAGUUCUGACAAUUUGAGUUUGUGGGUGACUUGUGGCUUAGUGACUGGAUAGAAGGAGGUAACUCCUGUAGUAAACCUCCACACUUGUGCACCUGGAUCUUUCUCCUGCAUUCUCCUUUAUUAUCAUCCAGGGAAAUAAUAAUAUCUUUCCAAGUAUCAGCUCUUUUGAGUUUUUUAAAAUUAAAAAGUCACAUUUUUUACAGUUUUGGUUGCAAUUAUAACCCUCCUGAAACUUACAGUAUGGUGUUCAACAAAGCUUUCAUUUUGUUUGGUACUUAUGUGCUAAGGGUCUUUUUGUAACUUGUCUGUGUGAACUGGUUCAUAUUCAUGUCCAUAUUGUCUUAUGAAAUGUCUGUCCAUAUGUAUAUAUAUGAACUUCUUGCACAUAAACGUGUUUGAAUUGAACAUCACA